CUGUCAGCCAACGUGGGAGACACCGUCAGGAUCACCUGCUCUGGUAGCAGUAACAGCUAUUAUGGCUGGCACCAGCAGAAGGUCCCUGGCACUGCCCCUGUCACUGUGAUCUAUGCUGAUAACAAGAGACCCUCGGGCAUCCCUUUGCGAUUCUCCGGAUCCUUGUCCGGCUCCACAGCCACUUUAACCAUCACUGGGGUGCAGGCUGAGGACGAGGCUGUCUAUUUCUGUGGUGGCUAUGACAGCAGCAACUAUGUUGGUAAUGUGACAGAUUUUCAAAUGAGGUACAGAGCAAUUAAAAAGAGCAGGAAGGUCUGUGCCCCUGGGACACCGACUGACCCCACCUCUUCUCCCCUCUCUCCUCUCUGUCUCCUGAUCCAGGCAGCGCUGAGUCAGCCGUCCUCACUGUCAGCCAACGUGGGAGACACCGUCAGGAUCACCUGCUCUGGCCUUAGCAGCAGCUGGAUUUCUGCUGCCUGGUUCCAGCAGAAGGUCCCUGGCACUGCCCCUGUCACUGUGAUCUAUUUCAAUGACAAGAGACCCUCGGGCAUCCCUUCGCGAUUCUCCGGAUCCACAUCCGGCACYACRAACACAUUGACCAUCACUGGGGUGCAGGYCRAGGACGAGGCUGUCUAUUUCUGUGGGAGCUAUGUCAGCAGCUGGAGCAGCUAUGGUGUUUGGUGA